GUUCUUUCUCCAUUACGAGAAAAAAGACGCCAUUCCAGAAGCAUAGAGAGGAAGAAGAGGCAAAGAAAAAGAGAGCGGAGGAUGAAACAGCUCGAUUGUAUGCGGAGUUUGUGGAGUCAUUUCAAGGGGAUAAUGCACCUGGAUCAAAGACUUUUGUUCGAGGUGACCAUCAAUCCCAAUGAGAAAUUGAAGAGUGAUGCUGAAGGUGAAAAGUCCAAAGAUGGGGUGUCUGUUCCAAAGAAGGGAAGUAGGUAUGUUCCAUCUUUUAUACCACCUCCUAUGGCACCCAAAGGAAAAGAACCUGAGAGGAAGAGGGAGGAGGAAAGACCAAAGGAGAAGGAAAAGGGAAAGACUCGAAACAUAGAUCAUUUUAUGGAGGAGCUGAAGCAUGAGCAUGAGAUGAGGGAGAGGCGAAAUCAAGAACGGGAACAUUGGCGUGAAGGACGUCAUGCUGAAAGUUCUGCUCCAUCUAGUCGAUUUGAUGAACUACCUGAUGAAUUUGAUCCAAGUGGAAAGCUGCCUGGAUCAUUUGAUGAUGGUGAUCCACAAACUACAAAUCUUUAUGUUGGGAAUCUCUCACCACAGGUUGAUGAAAAUUUUCUUCUGCGGACUUUUGGAAGAUUUGGGCCUAUUGCUAGUGUGAAGAUAAUGUGGCCUAGGACAGAGGAGGAGCGGAGGCGGCAAAGAAACUGUGGAUUCGUAGCAUUCAUGAAUAGAGCUGAUGGGCAGGCUGCAAAGGAUGAAAUGCAAGGAGUUAUUGUGUAUGAAUAUGAGUUGAAAAUUGGGUGGGGUAAAUCUGUGGCCCUUCCAUCACAGGCAUUACCUGCUCCACCACCAGGACAAAUGGCUAUCAGGAGUAAAGAGGGUGCAACUGUGAUUCUCUCUGGUCCAUCAGGCCCGCCAGUCACUUCUGUCCCAAAUCAGAACUCUGAACUGGUUCUUACUCCAAAUGUUCCUGAUAUAAUGGUUGCUCCACCCGAGGAUGAUCAUCUCCGCCAUGUGAUAGAUACAAUGGCUCUAUAUGUUCUGGAUGGAGGAUGUGCUUUUGAACAAGCUAUCAUGCAGAGGGGUCGAGGGAAUCCUCUUUUCAACUUCUUGUUCGAGCUUGGCUCGAAGGAACAUACUUAUUAUGUUUGGAGACUCUAUUCUUUUGCUCAGGGUGAUACUCUUCAAAGGUGGCGAACCGAGCCUUUUAUCAUGAUAACUGGUAGUGGAAGAUGGGUACCACCAUCUCUGCCCACAGCAAAGAGCCCAGAGCACGAGAAGGAGUCUGGUAGUACACAUGCUGCUGGAAGAAGCAGGCGUGUUGACCCUGAAAGAACACUGACUGAUCCACAAAGGGAUGAGUUUGAGGAUAUGUUGCGUGCUUUAACAUUGGAAAGAAGUCAAAUAAAGGAUGCUAUGGGUUUUGCCCUGGAUAAUGUUGAUGCUGCAGGGGAGGUAGUUGAAGUUCUGACAGAAUCUUUGACACUUAAAGAAACUCCUAUUCCAACAAAAGUUGCAAGACUCAUGCUUGUCUCUGAUAUCCUUCAUAAUAGUAGUGCUCCUGUAAAAAAUGCAUCUGCUUAUCGCACUAAAUUUGAAGCUGCUCUGCCUGAUAUAAUGGAGAGCUUUAAUGACUUGUAUCGUAGUAUAACUGGAAGGAUCACUGCUGAGGCUCUUAAGGAACGAGUUCUGAAAGUGUUGCAAGUAUGGUCGGAUUGGUUUCUGUUUUCAGAUGCUUAUGUGAAUGGACUGCGUGCUACUUUUCUUCGUUCUAGUAACUCUGGUGUGAUCCCAUUUCAUUCUAUAUGUGGUGAUGCACCUGAAAUUGAGAAAAAGAAUAGCACAGAAGACGCAGUUGAUGGGGGAAAGACCAAUCAAGAUGCUGCAUUGGCAAUGGGCAAAGGAGCUGCUACAAAGGAGCUAAUGGAUCUUCCCCUUGCUGAGUUGGAGAGACGUUGCAGACAUAAUGGAUUAUCGCUUGUUGGUGGUAGAGAAACGAUGGUGGCACGAUUGCUGAACCUGGAAGAGGCAGAAAAACAAAGGGGAUAUGAAUUAGAUGGUGACUUGAAAAUUGCUCAGAGUACUUCAAGUUCCAGUAGAUAUUCAAGUGUUCACAGAGAAGUGAAUGUUGAUCCAGGACCAGUGGGAUCAACAGGGUGGAACAUUUAUGGAGAGGAUGAUACGCCAUCCCAGAACAAAAGGUCCGUGUCUUUGGUUUCAACCCUCCCAAUUCCACAACCUGAACUAAAAGCCUUUGCAAAGAAAGAGAAGAACGAUCCUGUUCUGCCAGCAUCUAAAUGGGCUAGAGAUGAUGAUGAAAGUGAUGAUGAACAAAAGAGAAGUGUUAGGGACCUUGGGUUAAGCUACUCAUCUUCUGGAAGUGAAAAUGCUGGUGAUGGUCAAGGUAAGGAAGAUGAAAUGGAGUUUGCUACUGACGCAAGCAUUCCAAUGCAACCUGAGAGUGGAAUGAAUGAAGAGCAGAGACAAAAGUUGAGACGUUUGGAAGUUGCUUUAAUAGAGUAUCGUGAAUCCCUCGAGGAGCAAGGAAUGAAAAAUUCAGAGGAAUUUGAGAGGAAAGUUGCAGUACAUCGGAAACGGCUAGAGUCUGAAUAUGGCCUAUCAAGUUCAAAUGAAGAUGUCACUGGCAACAAGAGAAUAUCUUCUGAAAGGAGGGACAGACGUGAUGAUAAUCAUGAAUCCUCAAGAAAGCGACACCGCAGUGAAAGCAGAAGCGAAAGCCCACAAAGAAAACUAUCACUUAGGGACAGAGAGAGGGGACAUGACUCGGACAAGGACCGGGAAAGGCAUAGGGAANNNGAUAGGGGUAAUAAUUUGGAAAGUGAAAGACGGGACCGCGAUUACCGAGAAAAGAGUGGAAGCAAAGAGCGGGAUGAUCAUGACAGAGACAGAGGCAGAGACAGGGAUAGGAGGAGACGAGUAAAAUGAGCCCAUUGGUGUGUGAACACUGCGAUUUUAUACCCCCCUGCAAAAUUUCAACUGAUGAGUUAAUUUUCAGGGGAUCAGACUGGACAUUGUGGUGGUGCAUAGGAGGAGAUGAAGAAGACUUGGCUUGCUAAAGAAUGCCUGCCAUGAUAAUCUUUUGUACCAAAAGUCAUGUCUUUCGGUUUUCACAAUUAAAUUAAUCGUGGUUGUAUUUCAGUGCCUGAUAAGUUAAGAGCAUUGCUGCAUUAAGUCACAUGUUUUUUGAAUCUGUUAGUUUUUGUCUUCCUUCCUUUAGAUCUGAAAAGUGGCUGGAUGAUUGCCUCCGUAUCAUAGCAGGAUUCCAUUCAAGUCCAACAGAAGUUGACCACAAAUUUAUCAAUCUAUCCAUCAGGGAGUUGAAUCAAUGGGCUACAAAACUUGAAAAGCAGAUCCUGCUUAAACAAGUAUCCUACUGUUCACUGCACUGUUCAUGUGAACAGCUAAUGGUUCGUUUUUUUGGUUGGUUGCACACGCGCAGCACAGAUACCUUGGAUAUCGGAAGCCUAUUUUACUUCACUUAAAAUUGCGACAUCUUACAUGCCUAAACUGGAGGCUUAAUUUGCUCCAAUUCCGUACUUAACAAUAUCUCUUACAAUUGGGUGGCAUGUCUUGUCGUGCAACUUGCUGCCGGUUGCUUGUAAGAAAAAAAAAUCUUCCUCCAAGCGGUGUGUAAUCUGCGUUUCAACAAUAAAAAUAUAAAAAAAAUAAUGCACAAAAAGCGGCUCUAAAUAGGGAGGAGAUAAAAGGUCAUGGGUAGUUUUGUCCUUGCAUGGAGGCAACCUGACAAAGUUAAUAACUACUGGCCAGCCUUCGUAGCCCACCAUAUGGUUCCUCCUGAAACUACUCGGCCCCAUCAAUGUUCCAAAGCACAUUGUAAACUCGAAAUCUGGGAGAGGUGCUGCUCAUCAGGCUCCACAAGGCGGCUACCCCAGGUGUCUGUGAUGAUAAUAAAAGGGUGUUGAGGAAUUAGUAGACCCACCACCAGGCCUAACGUUAAUUAUUAGAUGGAUGGAAAAUAUAUGGAUUGGAAGGGCCAGCAUUCUUUAUUAUCCGUUCGGUCAGAAAGCUAGUCAGAAUCCAUGGGAGAGAAUGCGUUGGGAAAAUGACAAGAAAAUAAUUGCUCACUCUUCUUACAGUAAUGCUACUACUGAAUGGCUUGGUGCCCUUGGAGGUUUUGUUACAACGUCAGCCUCCUACCUUUGCCCUUUGGAUAGAACACAAGCUAUUUGAAAAGAAGUAAAGCCAACAUGAAAUUAAAUUGCAAUUAGAAAAAUAACACAAUAUUUGACAAGUUUAUGAACAUAUUUUAAAACCCUAAUAUUUUGAUUGAUUGCAAGUAAUGGUAUUUAUGUAUGUGUAAAUCAUGACUUACCAAUCGCAUGAGUUAAAAUGGGAAUUAAAUGCAUGAUUCAAGAACGGAAUCUCUUCAGUUAUCGGUUACUCAAAUAUUGAAGUAUAUACCAUAUCUCUAAACUUGUGCUUUCUCACUGAUUAGAGAUGACUAAACAAUUAUCCAAGGAAAAGAGGGUAACAUGCGGAAUGCUGGAUUCCGAGCCAGGUAAUAUGCAUACAGUACAGGGUAUGAAAUGAACCCGCAAUUUGUUUUCAUGGCAGAAAAUUGAAGAAACAUUGCAGAAGGAAAACUCAAAUGAAAAGAGGACCUGCUUCUACUCUAGCAUGUCUAUGAAUGGCCAAGAAGCACAACGUCAGUGACAUGGUCAUGCACAUGACUGCAGAGGUUACAACCUCGAAGGUGGCCAAGAACUGCUGCUCCUGGAGGAGGCCCCAGAGUCUGCUAACGAUCAAUCCCAGGCCAUUUACAACCCUAGCCAGCGCCAUCGCCAUCUUUUCUUCAAGCAACAACAA